CGUUAUUAGAGUGAAACCAAGCUCCGUCUUUCACACGAACAAACCCUCAUCUUUGGGAACUCCGGCACUGCAUUCGCUCUAAAAUGGCGACAAUUUGAAGAAGAAGACAAUAACAAUAGGGUUAAUUGUCUUUGUAUGUUAACCAUACUAAAACAGGCAAAAAAAGUUUGGUAGACUGGUAGCUAACAAGUUACCAUCUUUAUUGAGAGAGAGAGAGAAGAGAUGAAUUCACUGGCAGCGAAAGCCGCAUGCGUCGUGUGUCGAUCGCCGUCUUCGUGUAAUUCUACGAUAAUCGCGUCGUGUAGGCCCAACUUGUGUUAUUUUUCAGUUAGCUUCCCGAGGAGGACGAAGAAGAAUGGUAAACAGAGAUUGGCUUUGACAGUAAAAGCUUACGAUUCUUCCAACAAAGACUCUUCUAAUUCCUCUGGUGAUUCUAAGCCUCCAAACGGCACUGUGCAGCCAAAAACCAGGAGGGAAAUUCUAUUGGAGUAUGUCAAAAAUGUGCAGCCAGAAUUCAUGGAGGUGUUUGUGAAAAGGGCGCCCCAGCAGGUUGUUGAUGCCAUGCGCCAAACAGUGACGAACAUGAUUGGAACUCUACCCCCACAAUUUUUUGCCGUGACAGUCACCACAGUUGCUGAAAAUCUUGCACAGCUUAUGUACAGUGUUUUGAUGACUGGAUAUAUGUUUAAGAAUGUGCAAUAUCGUCUGGAAUUGCAACAAAGUUUGGAGCAGGUUUCUCUUCCUGAACCAAAAGAUCCAAAGGAUGUUCCAGAUUAUGCACCUGGUACUCAGAAGAAUGUGUCGGGUGAAGUAAUUAGAUGGAAUAAUGUUUCUGGUCCAGAGAGAAUAGAUGCUAAAAGGUAUAUAGAGUUACUUGAAGCUGAGAUCGAGGAAUUAAAUAGCCAAGUUGGAAGAAAAACUGCUAACGGUCAAAAUGAACUGCUGGACUAUCUGAAAUCUCUUGAGCCUCAAAACCUUAAGGAAUUGACAAGUACUGCUGGAGAAGAUGUUGUGCUUGCAAUGAAUACAUUCAUCAAGCGGCUUUUGGCUGUUUCAGAUCCUGAGCAGAUGAAGACGACUGUAACGGAGACUAGUGCUCCGGAACUUGCCAAGUUGCUCUAUUGGUUGAUGGUGGUGGGUUACAGCCUUCGCAACAUUGAAGUCCGUUUUGAUAUGGAACGAGUACUUGGCACUGCACCAAAGCUGGCAGAGCUACCACCGGGAGAAAACAUAUAAGCAGCACUCCCAAAGAGCUAAUGGAUGCGAAUGCCAAGAUUGGACCAUUGGACACCCCUGUGCUGGACUACUUCAUUGGCAUUCUAUUAUUAAGAUUUCAUAUCGAUGCAGGUGAAGAUUGAACCUAAGAGUGGCUUACUUACACAGAAGCAUCUCGUAGAUGGCUAUAACUUGUGAUUGAUGCAAGUGUUGACAAGGAUUUCUGACUUGCAAACCAGGCUGCAUUUUUGCUUCAUUCGGAGGCUUGACAAUGUCACUGUAUGAACUGCUUCCAAGGGUUAAAUCAAUUGUUUGAAUUCCAUGGCUAUUUGAGGCCUAAGCAAAUUACCAACUAGGCAACUUGAUGUUCAUGCAA